AUGAGGGGUAUAGGGGUUACGCAGCAACAACAAGUAGAAGGCGUCUUGAAAGGAUCCAAGAAAAAGCAGGCUGAGGAUAAGUGGAAGCUGCCAGAUUCACCAGCUCGUACCCGUUUUGCGCCAUCGCCUACCGGAUAUCUGCACCUGGGAUCUCUCAGGACCGCUCUGUUCAACUACCUCCUUGCCAAGGCAACCGGCGGCCAGUUCAUCCUCCGCAUCGAAGACACAGACCAGAAGGAGCAAAGGCUGAUGCUCUCCAUUGUAUCUGUAGACUCGCCUGGCCCCGAUGUUCAGGGACCGUAUGGACCGUAUAGACAGUCCGAGAGACUGUCACUUUAUGAUGAGCACGCCAACCAGUUGAUCCGCGAGGGCAAGGCGUACAGGUGCUUCUGCUCGCCUGAGGAUCUUGAGCGUCACAAGCAGACCGCACACGAGUCUGGAGAGUCGACAGCUUACCCCGGCACAUGCCGCAGCGUUUCGCUAGAGGAAUCCGAUGACAGAGCUUCCAGGGGGGAGAAGUAUGCCGUGAGAUUCAAGAGCAGCGACAAGCCCAUCAUCAUCGAGGACAUCCUCUACACCCGGUACCGCAAGAGGGAGCCCGAGGAGGACUUCAUCAUCCGGAAGCGUGACGGUUUCCCUACCUACCACUUCGCCAAUAUCGUUGAUGACCGGGCCAUGAAGAUCACGCAUGUCAUCCGCGGUGCCGAAUGGCUCAUCUCCACCCCCAAGCACGUCGAGCUAUACAACGCCUUCGGCUGGGAACCGCCCAAGUUUGCCCACGUCGGCCUCCUCGUCGACAAGGAGCGCCAAAAGCUCAGCAAGCGCCACAAGGGCGUCGACAUGUCCUGGUACAAGGACAACCAGAUCCCUCCUGAAGCGCUGCUCAACUUCGCCGUCCUGCUCGGCUGGAGCCAGAAGAGCGGCGAGCCCGACUUCAUGACGCUCCAGGACAUGAUUGACCGGUUCUCCUUCAAGUUCAGCAAGGGCGACAUCGUCGUCUCCUUCGACAAGCUGCCCUACCUGCACGAGAAGCACUUUGAGCACCUGCUCCGUCAGGAACUUACGCCCGACAACCUGCCACGUCUGCAGAGCUACCUGAUCAAUCCCAUCGAGAAGAUGAUCACGGCUGUUGAGGACGCCCGUGCCGAAACCCCUGCUGGAGCCCUGGAGGAAACUACGGCCCAUAACAUACCCCUCCCUUCGCUUGCGCGUCCCGUCCCCCAGAUUUCCGAGUCCACCGCUUCCGCCCAGGACUACAUCCUCCACGCUUUGCGCACCGCCAAGUCCGUCAAACCCGACCUGGAGCUCUUCCUCUCGCAGAACCGGUACGCCUUCUGGACCAUCCCAGUCUCGGUUUUGUCCCAAAACUUCGAUGAAACCCCUUCUCUCCUGCACGCCACGCUCGAUGGCGAGAAAGCCAGUCCCAGUGUCGUCAUGCGCUUCAUCGUCGAGCAGCUCAGCGAUAUUAUCUUCUCCAAGGGGGCAGAGGGGUCUCCGGAGAAGAAGGCCGAAGUGGAGGAAUGGACGGCUGAGAAGAUUAAGCCGGUCGUGGAUGCCACGGUCAAGGCCGUGAGCGUCAGCGAUCCGGAGACGGGCGAGCCGAUCAAGGGCGCAGGCGGGUACAAGUUCUUGCGGUGGGCGCUGUUAGCGGGCGAUCAUGGCCCGGGAUUGGUGUCGGUCAUGGAGCUGCUGGGUAGGAGGGAGACGAUGAAGAGGCUGGUUACCGCGUACAAGGUUGCGCUGGAAAAGGAGAAUAAGGAGAAGGAUGGGAAAAGCGGUUCCUUCACAAUAGAUGCGAUGACGACCGGUCUUGGACUGGCGUUGUUCGAUUUGUUCUAA